AUGCAUUUAAGUGGUUCAAAACUUUUAACAAUUGUUCUAUCACGAGAACAUGGCUAUGCUGCUGGUGUGGCAUUAUCAUCAUGGCUUGUUUUACAAUAUAUGGGUGUUAAUGUGAUGAAAGCUCGUAAACGAUAUAAUGUUGAGUAUCCAGCACUUUAUGCACCUGAUUCAAAUCCUCAAGGCAAAAUAUUUAAUUGUGUUCAACGUGGACAUCAAAAUACAUUAGAGAAUUAUCCACAAUUUCUUCUUAUGUUGGGUUUAGGUUCAAUCCAAUAUCCACUUAUUUCAUCGAUUGGUGGUUUUAUUUGGUUACUUGGACGUAUAGUCUAUUUUCAUGGUUAUUCAUCUGGUCAACCAGAAAAACGUCAAUAUGGUGCCUUUGGCUACAUUGGAUUUUUUACAAUGAUGGGUUGUGCUAUCAAAACUGUUUAUAAUCUUAUUCGUGCUUAG